GUUAUAUUUAGAAAAGUGGGGAGUGUCCCUAGGGUGUGGACCGUUUUUCCGCAGUGGGGUGUGGACGUGGUGCGGAAAAGGCAGCUCCGUUGGCGGCACUGAGGGGUCAGGGCCCUGGGGCGGCUUGGGGGAGCUACUAGAGUGGGGAGGAGCCUGGAGCCUUUUGGCAGAGAUUGGAAGGGAGGCCUGGACUGGAUGAGAAGCGGUCCUGGGGGCUGCGUCGCGCUGCAUGGGCCUCCGAUUUUCCCGGUUAAAAGUGAGGGGACCCAAGUACCAUUGCUGGCAGGCAGAGCUGCCCCUGGAACAGGGGCAUCCCAUUCAUUGAGCAAAUUAGCAACACCUUCUGAGUGUAUGCUCUCUGUCCAGACUCGGCACGGGUGUGGCUGAGCGGAUCAUUUUAAUUGACUGAAAUGGAGUGAGUUCUAUCUAAUGUCUUCUGUGCUUGUGGGAUCCUGGGAUUCGCGUUUCCAAAAAAACAAACCACCACCAACAACGAAAAACACCAUUCAGCAUCAGAUAGGUUUCUUUUGGAAAUUUAUUCAUUUCUCAAGCAAACUGAACUGCUAUCUACCUUUUGCUAGAUAAUUGGCUUUGGACUGAAAUGAAACUGUUUCCCUUUAACGCUCUAACUCGUAAAACCUAGAAUGUUUCUAAAAAACCUCCUAUCCUCUUAUCAGAUGCACAACAGAAAAAUAAGUGAGGUUUCCAAGUUCCACUGGAUAGAGUUUGAAACAUGGGGUUAAGGAUAAUCAUAUCUUGGAAACACAGUAUGCUCUUGCCUCUCCCAUCCUUUGCUGCCUAUCUCAUGCUGUCACUUAAGAUUAUCCUUAGGUGCAGCUUUAAAGUUGUCUCAGGAUCCAUAGAUCUAGUUCCAAAGCGAAUGUCCUCCUGCAAUGGGUUUUUUUGGGUGGGGGUGGGGAGAAGGUAGUAGGUAUCUAGGAAGGUACUUUUCCAGAGGACAGGCCCAAAGUAACAUUGAAGGACCACUUAUGAUCUGAAUGAACUUGGGCCAGAUGGUUAACUUCUAAAAUGGGGUAGUGGAUUGUGGGGUUGAAAGAGAAAAUAUAUGCAAAAAUGUCCCUACCUAGUCAGUGCUGCAUCCGCAGACACUAAGUUUCUUUUACCAGAGGAACAGGGGCUUAGCUUGGGGAAGGGUAAACUCAGGAUGAUAUUCUGUGUAACUUGGUAGAUCAUGUGGGUGGCAGCUACAGAGAGCUGACCAUGUAGUAGAGAAGAACUUUCUAAAAGCCAGGGGUACCUAAAGAUAAAACACAGUACUUCAAAAGCUGGAAUUGAUGCAAGAGUGGUCAUGCUUCAGGAAUCCCAAGUUUCCAAUUUCAAUCAUAGGCAACAAUUCUGUUAUAAAAAUAUGCUUAUCCCAAAGUGGCGUGAUGUGUGGACACGGAUACAGAUCCGGGUAAAUAGUUCCAAACUGGUACGAGUCACCCAGGUGGAGAAUGAAGAGAAACUGAAGGAAUUAGAGCAGUUUAGUAUCUGGAACUUUUUUUCCUCCUUUUUAAAAGAGAAAUUGAAUGACACCUAUGUUAACGUGGGUCUGUACAGCACAAAAACCUGCCUCAAAGUUGAGAUUAUAGAGGAAGACACCCAGUAUGAUGUCGUUGUGACCCGGAGAUUUGACCCCAAACUCUUCUUCAUUUUCCUCCUUGGACUUGUGCUAUUUUUUUGUGGAGAUUUGCUGAGCAGAAGCCAAAUCUUCUACUAUUCCACUGGAAUGAGUGUGGGAAUUGCGGCCUCUCUACUAAUCGUCAUUUUCCUACUGUCCAAGUUUAUGCCCAAGAAAAGUCCCAUUUACGUCAUCCUGGUGGGAGGCUGGUCCUUUUCUCUGUACCUCAUUCAGCUAGUUUUAAAAAAUUUACAAGAGAUCUGGAGGUGUUACUGGCAGUAUCUUUUAAGCUAUGUCCUCACAGUUGGAUUCAUGAGUUUUGCAGUCUGUUACAAGUACGGGCCCUUGGAGAAUGAACGAAGUAUCAACCUGCUGACCUGGACCUUGCAGCUGAUGGGCCUAUUUUUCAUGUAUUCCGGUAUCCAGAUACCUCAUAUUGCCCUUGGCAUUAUCAUCAUUGCACUGUGUACUAAGAACCUGGAGUACCCUAUUCAGUGGCUGUACAUCACCUACAGAAAGAUGUGUAAGACAACAGAAAAGACUGUCCCCCCUCGUCUCCUGACAGAAGAAGAAUAUCGGAUUCAAGGAGAAGUGGAGACCCGAAAGGCUUUAGAAGAGCUUCGAGAAUACUGUAACAGUCCAGACUGCUCUGCUUGGAAGACUGUUUCUCGAAUCCAGUCUCCAAAGAGAUUUGCUGACUUUGUGGAAGGUUCUUCUCACCUCACACCAAAUGAGGUUUCUGUCCAUGAGCAGGAAUACGGAUUAGGGAGCAUCAUUGCCGAGGAUGAAGUCUAUGAGGAAACAUCCACUGAGGAGGAGGACGCGGAUUCUCGGUAUCCCGCUAUCACACGACAGAUCCCCUCCUGACGUAGGUGGUGGUCAGUUAUUUUUAUAUGGACUGGCUUGGCACCUAGCUGGUCCAUGUUGCGUGUGUGCACCAUUGCUUCUCAACUCCUUAAAACAGGGUGAGAUAGUGCAGAAAUUCUCCCACCGAAAUUAGAGGCCGAGUAGGUCUCCCUCUGGAAAUGGUCUUGUGGUCUCUGUGGGAUCCCUGAGGGAGAAUGGGUAAAGUAGUGAAUGCUUUCAAUGCUUCCCAUGGGUUGUUGGCCCACCUUUAUGUUUCAAAAACAAAAAACUGGAUGGCCACAGCUAGCACGGCGUUCUAGCUCCUCUUAAAGAUUGACUUGGUGGUGGCAUUUCUGCCACCAUAGCUGGCACUCAGAAGUGAGAACUGUUACAUGUGCAGUAACUCUUUCGGACCCUAGGCUGCAUCUUCCAGAGAGAUCCACAAAUCUGAGCCUCCUUCACUUCCACUUUUCUUUCAGUGACUUUAGAAUAAUCCUUGUUUUAGCUGUUUUAAGAGGAAAAUAGACUUUUAUUUCUGUCUUGUUUUUUAAAUGAAUAUAUAUUUUUUAAAGUAACAAAUUCAUGUUCCAGAACCAGCAAGUGCUCCAGGUUGACGAGCCCAUAGGCCCCUACGUGUUUAUUAAUAUGGAUUAUCCAUUGAAGCCCCAGAAUUGUUGUGUUGGGCUUUGAAUUAGUUCUCACACGUAUGAUAUUCUAAGUCUCACUUGUUUUUAGGAACAUGCCUGUGAACUCUUCUGUAGGGGAGGUCUGUCAGGCUUUUUUUUUAAAUCCAAGUUUUAAUUUUAUCUUAAGACAUUUGCAUUCUUCCCUUCCCAUUCCUCCUUACCCCCUCUGCCCUUUCAGGAAGUGUCCAUUUCCUCAGCUGUGAAGUAUGUACAAUUUAGAGUUUGUUUCAUUUCUUACAUUCUCUUCCCCUUCAUUUGUAGCAUUAUUCCUGCAAGUUGGGAGAAGUGAUCAUUUUUUAGAGAAUUUAAAUGCUUUUUACACAUCCUCCAUUUUUCCUGUCAGUGGGACACAUAUCUUCGAGUUGCUGUGGAAUCAAACUCUCUCCUUUUCCUUUCUCUUCCCUUGUCUAUACCGUCUACCUGUUCUUUUCAGCCUCUCCUUACCACCUGUACUCCGUCUCCACCCCCCUAAUCUGGCCAAUUUGUAAGCCCUGAGACUAUCUGUGAAGUUUCCUUGAUACAACAUAAAAUUUGGCUAUGUAGCGGCCACAGUUUGCAUUGCCAUGAAAUAGACCUCCAGGUCAUCUUCAUGCCUCUGGAUGCUCACUCACCUCCCAGGAUCACAGUUUUCCAUGAACUUGAUAUACUUAUUUGCAAUUCCGUUUCUGACCAGAGAUUCAUGCUGCCUUUUAUUACAGUGACAUUAGUUCCAGAUUCUUUUGCCUUUGGAAAGUACCCUUAUAAACCAGCAAUGUCAUUUAUGAGGGAGCAAAUUCCCAAGUCUCUGUCAUUUGCUUGGUUUUGUCUUGGCGAUCUUCACCCCCGUCCCUUGGAAGAAGCUAUAAUGACUCUAGCCAGGAAUAUAGGCACCGAUGGCCGGAGCACAGCGUCAGGCUCACUGGUUUACUGUGAUCAUGGAGAAGGCAGAUGAUUUUUUUAAAAAAAUGUUAAUGACUCCUUCAGACCAGCCAUUUAGCAGAUAAUCUUGAGAGGCCCUGGGCUCAUUGCUGACUUCCAAAAUGUCAGCGCUGAGACUCCCCUCCAGGUGGCCAGUUGAUUAUUACCACCAGUGUUUCCACAGCUUUAUACUGUCCUAUAGUGACAACUACCUCAAUUGGCAGCAAAUAUACAGUAGAAAGUGAAACAGCAGUAUUUGGGCAGAUGCUGGGGUUAAAGUUGCAGGGCAAAGGAGCUUUAUAUUGGGAAAUCUUUAUACCUUUGUAAAUUAUGUACAUGGUAAAAUUCUAUCCCUCUGCAAAGAAUUGUUAGGACUUCUGGAAUAUAUUGGUUUUUGCUUUAUUUAUAGAAAUCAAGAUCUAGCAUAUCCGAUCAGCAGUUAAUUUGAAAAAAUAAUCCAUCUGUACAAGUAGUCUGAGGAUUACCCGGACACUUUGGUGCCUUACCCCAGAAAGCUCGUUUGGGAGGUGGUGGCUUUCCUCUAGGGUGACUUUCCGUGCCCUGCCUCUUAUCUUUAUCUCGGUGAGAAAGCACUGUGAAGCAGGGAAAGAGUCUCCUCUUUUUCUGUUUUGUUAAACUCCUUGUAAAAUCUCGUUUCCACCUCCAGACCACUUUUUUUCACUGUGUUUGAGCUUGGGGUGAGUACAGUCAAAUUCAAUUUAGUACUCCGUGUCUGUAGUCGGAGACCUGAGCUAUAGGCUGUGGAGGUGACUGUGGGUCCCGCAGUGUGACAGCUGCUCUGGACUGGGAGGGACGACAGUGCCUUUGGUGUGCUGUGUGUCCUUGCUUGGCCUGCCUCUGCGGCCCUGCCCCAGACACUUCAGAGUCUCUGUGUGCCUGCAGAUUGCUUGACUCCAGAAGCCGCCUUUGGGAGCUGCUCUUGUCCCCCUCUUGGCCACUUGGUCUGCUGGCUCAGUCACUGCUUGAGGCCCCCACUUAAUUUUCUCUGGCAGUCAUGGCUCCUGUGAUUCAGCAUGGUCUCCUGUCUCAGACUGGCCUCAUCAAAAAGGAUCGAAGGGAUAACCAUGGAGUGAGCCGGACGCUGGAGCCACGUCUGCUGCCGUGUCAGCGUCUUGCUCGCCAAUACCAGGCUAUAAGUUGGCCCUAGGGCUCAGGGUCUCUUUAGCAUCGGAAAUCUAUCGCCUCUAAUUGGUCUGACCGAGUUAUGUAGAGCAUGACUGCCAAUAAUGGGAAUACUCGAGCCAGCUGGCCUAAAACAUUUCCCCUUCAUGUUCCCACUGAGAUUGCUUUCAUGAUACCAAUGGAACCAAUCGCCAAAAAUAAGGGCAGCUUAGCAACUUGGAUGUCUUCUAAGAAGAAGGUCCUAUCAGCCACUUCAUCCCACCAGAUUUUAUUUUCUCCCCCCACAUUCAUGACUUUCGUGUCUGUUACAAAGGGGGUUUUGCUGAUCAUAGUCUUUGGGUCCCAGUAUUCAAUUUUGUGCUGAUACAUCCCAUUCAAGCCUAGCCCUCUCUUCACUGACUGUGUUCCCUUCAACCCAAUUCCCACCUGGCAUAUACCUUGGAGAUUUGAUAAUGAAAGGACUCAAAUAGACCAGAUAGUCCUCGCUGGCCCUGAUAUCCAUAAAAAGCUUGGAAAUGGAUUAUGCAAUUGCCCUCAAUCUUUUUGUUCCAGAAAAAAAGAUGGGCUCAGAUGGAUGCCUGCGUAAAAAUGGUUCUUAGCUGUGUACUCAUAACUUCUCUGAAUUGAGUGGUGAAAGUUGAAGUAGGAGGAAAGGAAAUUAAAUGUCCUUCUAGUAUUCCUUUGGACUCAGGUCUGACCUAUGAGAUAAUAACCUAUAUUGAAAUGCCAAGAACUUUAUCUCAACCAAGGAGAGGACACUUUGACAGAUUUAUUAUGCCUUCAUGUUACAUAGGCACUGAAACCAAGUAAUAAACCUAUAAAAUAGCCAUUUGCACAAGGCAAAUGCACCUGAAACCUCUUGUUUAUGUUUUGAUGUAGCAGAAAUUGAUUAUUAUGUUUAGGGAAACCUAUGCAGUUAUGGCGAUCCAGUGGUAUCUCUCGGUAACUUAGCUUAUGGCCCCAGUUACUGUUGAGUUGGAUUCUAGAUGGUUACUACCUUGAAAAGGGUGUUUGGUGCCUUAUGUGAUGGGAGCCAGAGCCUGCUAGGAGUAAACAAAGCAGAUUCAUGUCCACAUCAACGCACAGCUUUAGCGGGGGGUGGGAAUGGCGCACAGCCUCCCCCAGAUUUGGGACUCGGCUCCCACAUCCCCUGCCUGUGUGUGUCAUCUUCCUCUUUACUCUCUUGACAGUAACUUGAAAAUGGUGAAAUCCUCUUCUCUGAACUUUCUUAUGGUAUGGGCAACAUUUGUAUCCCGUUAGCAUGCUAGAUAGCUCUUAAUGCGAGUAUUAGAACUGUUACAGCCUGCCAUUGCCUCAGUUUCCCAUGUUUGUGGAAUUCAUGGUGAAAUAGCAGGGCUAAGGAAUUACUGGGUAAGUUUUAGCCUGUGGGUAAUGCCUUAGUGUUGUUCUAAAAGAUUUGUUAUUUAUAUUUAAAAUAAAUGUUCACAAAUGUUUGAAAGGAACAAAAUGAUCAGGGAUGGCUGUUUGCCAUAGGUCUCAUUUUCACUCUUUUCUGUAAGAAAAAAUAACAAUGUCUUAUUAUAUAUUUUUUCAUUUUUAUUGUACAAGUUUGUAAGUAAUCCCAAUUUUAAUAAAGUUUUAUAGACUAUAUAAUGGUCUGUCUUAAUGAACAUGUACUUUUCUUAUUUGGAUCUCUUGAGGCAAUUAGCUUCUAAGUUUCAUCUUUCUGAUGAGAUGGUGUUGCACGCCAUCUGUUUUCCUUAACCACCAUUCCCCACCCUAGGUCUGUCUUAGUCUACUUCCAUCCGUGGACUGGAUGAUUUUCCAGCAUGCUGGAUCUUGAAGGGAUAUUCUUUUUUUUUUUUUUUAAGAUUUUAUUUAUUUAUUUUAGAGAGCACAAGCUGGGGGCAAGAGGGAGAAGCAGGCUCCCCGCUGAGCAGGGAGCCCAAUGUGGGACUCAGUCCUAGGCCCUGGGACCAUGAUCUGAGCUGAAGGCAGAUGCUUAACGAACUGAGCCACCCAGGCGCCCAUCGAAGGGGUAUUUUUGUAGGAGUCACAGGUUGUACGACCAUGCUGUCUCACAGGGAAAAACACGUAUAAGCUAUUCCUAGUCCAGGAACUACUCCGGGU